AUGUGUGGGUAUUUGGCAGAUUCCGGUGACUCUGGCUACAGCCUUUCUGGGGAGCUGCGGUGGGGCCCGAACACCAGCUGCGAGGUCGAGGAGGCUGUGAUCGAUGGGUACCAGGUGUGGCUGUUGAAUGAGUGCGGCGAUCAGCUUGAAUUGCUGGGCAGCGUAGACAAGAAGCCGGACUGGCAGCCGGAAAUGCUGACCUGCUGUGACGCAUCCUGGUAUGCCGUCUACUUGGGCCUCACAGACGUUUCUCCAGAGGCAGCCGCCUUCGCAAUCGUACCUUAUCGUGGCGCGCAGGCGUUUGGAGCUUCUGUACUUCCCAUACUCCACCGCACACCGAUUCCCACAACCACGUUGACGACAAGUACGUCGACAGGGACCCACAGCACUUCGACCACAAGGAUCACCUCGACGUUUACGGAUCUGAGCCCGGUCCGUGUGGACGGCUGCCUGAGCGUCCUCAUGGCCGAUCCCUCUGAGUUCGAAGAUCACGCUGACUUGGUGGCGCAGGCUAUACAAGCCGCUGUUUCAUCUGCAGCGGGUGCUGUGAUCCAACCCGAGUACGUCCAUCAUGUGUCGACGACGUUUGGGCAGGGCUGUCGCAGGCGUCUCCAAGACUUGCUCUCGAAUCGGACUGUCUCGAUCUCCAUCAUAUUUGCUGUGCUCAUCCCGCCGUACAUUCCCGACCGUCAAGCUGUCGCACAAAAUGUCAGCGGCACGCUGGAGUUGCUGCCACCGGAGCAAGCAUCCCAACUCCUCAACCAAGAGAUGCAGAAGUUCGAAGCCUUGGAAAAUGUCACGGUGACUGUCCAAGCAGUGGUGAUGAACGACGUGUCCACGACUGCCACCAGCACCGACACCACGGUUACCAGCACCACUGCUACCAGCACCAGCGCCAGACUGGCAGAGGCGGAGGCAGCGGUGCUGCCGGUUGGCGUGAUCAUCGCCUGCAUCCUGACCACUAUCUGCUUAUUGGUGUUGAUCUUCGUAGCGCUUUACUGGCGGAUGCGACGCCGAUUGGCAGAGGCCGACAUUGACCCUCCACUGAAGCGAAAGGAGGUCACCAAGGAGGCCAAAAAGGAGGUCGAAGUGCCCCGAGAAGUGGAGGUCUACUUUCUCGAGGAGGAGGAGGAAGGAGAAGAUCGAGCAGACUUGGUGGGAGUGAGAGAAGCUGCUCAACAGGUCGAAGUGCCAGAGGAAGUGGAGGAUGUUGAGGUCUACUUCCCCGAAGAGAUGGAGGAUCGAGCAGAGGCUCUCGAGGUUGAGAUGGGAAGAGGCGAUUUCAAGGUGAUGAAAGAGGCCUACGAUCAGAGGAGCAGGCCCUCAACUCCUUCACGACGUGUUGACUUUAAUGCCUUGGACAUGGAGCUGCCGGUGUGUGACUGGAAUUGGGACGAGGCUGCUGCUCCCCACCUGGUCACUCCGACUGCGACUAGCAGGGGCAAUGGAGGGCCGGCCCCGUUGUGGUGCUGCUCUACCGCUCGUGCUGCGCCUGAGAACGUCGUGAUGCCGUUGACCGAGUGA